AUGGGCUCCAGAGACGGUUUGAUGAAGAUUGCUGCACUGAUUGGAGUUUUACUGAUUUUGAAGGUGCAAGCUGUGCCGACACGUACCGGUGAUGAUGCGGAUGAAGGGGAACUGAGAGAGGACAUACUUGAGAUCAAUAAAGAUUUAGACUACCUGUUUGAGGGAGACAUCGCCGGUAAUCCCAGCAGAAAUGCAAUCCUCAAUGAAACAAGAAGAUGGAAGUUUCCUAUAGCAUACAUCCUAACAGAUUCAUUAGAUCUGAAUGCAAAAGGUGUGAUCCUCCAGGCUUUUGAGGAGUACCGUCUGAGAUCCUGUGUGGACUUCAAGCCCUAUGAGGGAGAGGCCAGCUACAUCUCCUUCGCUAAGUUUUCUGGAUGCUGGUCAUAUGUUGGAGAUGAUAGAGUAGGCCAGAAUUUGUCCAUCGGAGCCGGGUGUGACACCAAAGCCGUUGUGGAGCAUGAGCUCCUGCACGCUCUGGGCUUUUACCACGAACAGUCUCGUUCUGAUAGAGAUGACUAUGUCAAGAUCUGGUGGGACCAGAUUGAAGCAGGGAAGGAGCACAAUUUCAAUAAGUAUGAGGACAACUUCAUCACUGAUCUGAACACGGCGUACGAUUAUGAGUCCAUCAUGCACUACAGACCACUGUCCUUCAACAAGAAUGAAAGCAUCCCCACAAUCACCACCUCCAUACCGUAUUUUAAUGAGGUCAUUGGCCAGCGGUUCGACUUCAGCGAGGUCGACAUCACCAGACUGAACCGCAUGUACGACUGUGCCAACACUCACACUCUUCUGGACCAAUGCUCCUUUGAGCUGAUCAACAUCUGUGGAAUGAUCCAGAAUGAGGACGACACUGCAGACUGGGUCCAGACACUGAGCAGUCCAGUCGAUACAGAUCACACCCUGGAAGGGCGUUGCAGAGAUUCUGGCUACUUCAUGAAGUUUGACACUUCUUCCGGCAAUGUUGGAAACAGCGCCAUGCUGGAGUCACGUAUCCUCUACCCCAAGAGAGGCGAACAAUGCUUACAGUUUUUCUACAAAAUGACUGGAGCAGCUGGGGACAGGCUUGUGAUAUGGACCAGGGCUGAUGAUGGGACAGGAAAUAUUACCAGUGUCAAGAAGAUCCACAGCUUCACAGGUGAUGGAGAUGAUGCCUGGAAAAUUGCCCAUGUGUCACUUAAGGAGACAAAGAAGUUCCGCUAUUUCUUCCAAGGCAUCAAGGGACAAUCCAGCUCCUCGGGCGCCAUCUUAAUCGAUGACAUUGCUCUUACCGAGACUGUUUGCCCCAGUGCUGUUUGGCAAAUCUCCAACUUUAGUAGCCUCCUUGACAAAACCUCUAUUGGCACUCCGGUUAGAAGCAAGUGCUUCUACAACUCAGACGGCUACGCAUUUGGUAUCAGUAUUUACCCAAAUGGGAGAAGCAAUGACUACCCAGACUAUGUUGGUAUGACCAUGCACCUCUGCAGUGGGGAAAAUGAUGCAGUGAUGGAGUGGCCUGCCAAAAAUAGGCAGACUACCAUUGUUGCCAUGGACCAAGACCCCGAUGUGAAACUGAGGAUGUCUUCUACAAGAAGCUUCACCACAGAUUCUCACGCCCGCUGGAACAAACCAACAGCAGCUUCAGGAGCUUUGUGGGAUCCCAGCUGCAACUGCUUCCGCAGUCCAGACUAUGGCUGGGGCACAUUCAUUUCUCACAAGCAUCUGCACAGGAGGAGCUUCCUAAAGAACGAUGACCUUAUCAUUACUGCUGACUUCAAUGAUUUGACCCACCUGAUCAAGACAGAGGUGCCUGUCAAACCGGCCGCCCCAAGUAACGACAUCACAGAUGAGAAGCCAAUCAUGGAGGAGGAAAUAAAACACAGAGAACCGCGUGCUGCUAACCCCUGUUAUCCCAACCCUUGUUUGAAUGGAGGCGUAUGUGUUGAGAGUGAAGGGGAACCAUCAUGCAGGUGUGCAUCAAGCCAGAGCACCUACUACACCGGUAAGACGUGUGAGAAUAUGAAAAUAGACCAAGGCAUACUGGGAGCUUUGAUUGGCGGUGCGGCAGGUACCGUUGUUCUGACACUGGCCAUCUUCACUAUCAUCAGGAGAAAUCAGUGA